GGCCGGGAACGGAUUCUCGGGGGGAAGUGGGGAGGGAAAAGCUAGGUAGUUGAAACGGGAGCAACAUCUCGGAGUCAGGGUGGGACUACCGAACGGUACAGUCUCUCUUCCGUCGAUCAACAAACUCAACACAAUGGCGGAUAAGGAAAAGAAGAUCAAGAAGAAGAAGGCGAAAGAAGAAGCACCCGCUGAGGAGGCAGCAGCCCCCGCUGAAAGACAAUCUUCCCGUGGCAGCCGUAAGGCUAAGCGCACUGGAUCCAAUGUCUUCUCUAUGUUCACACAGAAGCAGGUCGCUGAGUUCAAAGAGGCCUUCCAGCUAAUGGACCACGACAAGGACGGUAUCAUCGGUAAGAGCGAUCUCCGCGCCACCUUCGACUCCCUCGGCAGACUGGCCUCCGAGAAGGAAUUGGAUGAGAUGGUCGGUGAGGCUUCCGGCCCCAUCAACUUCACCCAGCUCCUCACACUCUUCGCGAAUCGCAUGUCCGGAGGAUCAGACGAUGACGACGUUGUCAUCAACGCCUUCAAAACCUUCGACAAGGACGGCAGAAUCGACUCAGAGAAACUCAGGCACGCACUCAUGACCUGGGGCGACAAGUUCUCCGGUGACGAAGUCGAUGAGGCGUACGACCAGAUGGAAAUCGACGACAAAGGUUUCAUUGACACCCAGAAGCUUAUCACCAUGCUGACCGCUAGCGCAGAGGAGGAGGAAGGCGGUGAAGCCGCGUAAAUUGAUUCCACUACGAAGAGGUUGACCACCCGACCGCAGGUCCGCACGGAUUAAACGCGUUGCGAACCGAAUUAUUUUUUAUUUAUUACUCUAUGUUACAUUGUUUCCAUUUUAUAAUUUAUAUAUAAUGAAAAUAUAGUUCUACUAUACGAAUGGCGUGUACAAGUUACAACUGUCCCUAUCACGGGUUUGUGAAAGCAAACGACGGGAGACGAGGGAACGGAAUACUAUGUAUUCAUUAAUGUUUUGUUUCAAAUAAAGUAUCAAGUCUGACUAAA